UUUUCUUUCUUUCCCAACACUGUUGACUCAGUUCUGUUGACUUUAUAAGGGAGAAGAUCAGCCCUUCAGGGCCCUAAAGUGCCUAUAUUCUUCAGGCGGCUUCUGACAAACAGUUCUGUGAAAUUGACCAGAGCGUGAAAGAAAGAUGGCAGGGGAUUCAAUCCUUCUGGCUGCAGUCUCCCUUCUCUCUGCCUGUCAGCAAACUUAUUUUGCUUUGCAGGUUGGACAAGCAAGAUUAAAGUACAAGAUAGCACCCCCAGCAGUCUCGGGGUCCCCGGAGUUUGAGAGGAUUUUUCGUGCACACCAAAAUUCCUUGGAGCUUUAUUCCAUAUUCAUCGUAAUUCUGUGGAUGGCUGGAUGGUAUUUCAAUCAAGUCUUUGCAACCUGUCUGGGUCUCAUGUAUCUGUAUGCCCGUCACAAGUAUUUCUGGGGCUAUGCAGAAGCUGCUGACAAAAGGAUCGCUGGCUUCAAGCUGAGCCUGGGGAUUUUGGCAUUGAUGACUGUCCUAGCUAUCCUGGGGGUAGCAAGCGGAUUCCUAGAUGAAUACCUGGACCUCCAUGUUGCGAAGAAACUGAGGCAACCCUUCUAAAAUGUUCUCUUCCCUUCUCGUGCUUGGAGAGGCUGCCACCAACCCUGAAAACAGUGUGACGUCAUGUGUUAAAUAAAACGUGGAAAACGUUUCUUCUGUUUUGCUGUGGCUUUGUGGAAUCACUCCCUUUGCAGACUGAGGCCUUGCUUGAGAUGAGUUCCCCUGUG